UUUCAAAAGCAUCAUUGGAACUGUGAGACGAUACUUCGUGGUAGUGAUCUUCCCCACAACCGCUAUUGGUUUAAUUUACGCUGAUUAUAUGCACACUCGUGAUUGGAAGAAAUCACAACUUCAGAAAGAACAACAGAACGCAGUUACAGCCUAAUAGGAUGGCAUUCCACGCCUAUAUUUACAAGCAGUAUAUUCCAUUUAUCAUCAUUCCGACCUUGGGAUUUAUAGGUGGUUUGUAUUUGGAACGCCUUGAAGAUGAGAGAUGGACCAUGUUCAGAGACAAAUCUGCUCUGUAUGGUAAGCCAAAGGCUCCUGGAGAACCUCCUUCGUGGUGAACAACUUUUGGGUGUAAUAAAAAUAUAUAUUAGUUAGUUCAACUGUCUCUUAUGUAUCAAUAAUGCAGAAUAAAACUCGGCAGUGAUACAAAAAUUUUGUGCUGCGUUUCUAA